AAUAAAUAAAAUUACUUGAUCAGUCGUGGGCUGUGUCUGCGCAGGAUGAAAUGAGAAGUGGCAGCUGUUUCUCUCACGGGUCUAAACGCAAGUGGGUCUAAAUUCUGGAAUAUAAACGCAUCAAAUGUUUGGAAAGUGUAAUAAACCAAUGCAUUGAAAUGGGUAAACUUCCUUCGAAACAUGCUGCUGUUUGUAAACCCAGAGAAAGCCCCGAAGGAGACAGUUUUGUAGUCAAUGCUUGUUUAGCUCGGAAAGGUAUUGAAGAUUGGAUUGCUCAACAGAAGUAUUACAGCAGCUCAGCACAUCAGCAUUCGAGCUGUCAUCACAAGAGUGCUUGCAGAACGAGUGAAGUGUCGAGCCGGGACCCCGCAGGAGAAGCGUGCCUGGAGACUCUGGGUGAUGAGUACUAUCACUUGGAAGUCGCCCUCCCCCCGGAGAAGACGGCUAGCUGCUGCAAUGAUGAGAAGAAACGGGGGAAGGAAAGCCAUGGGCACAGCAUCUCCAGCAAACAGCUCAAAUUGGAAGAGCUCGAGUGCGAUGUGUCAGUAGAGGAAGAUAACAGGCAGGAGUGGACCUUCACACUGUAUGACUUUGAUAACAAUGGGAGAGUCACCCGGGAGGACAUAACCAGCUUGCUGCACACGAUCUACGAGGUAGUCGAUGCCUCGGUAAACCACUCUCCCAGCACCAGCAAAACUCUACGGGUCAAGCUCACUGUGGCCCCAGACUCCAUCCACAAGAGGAAAAACACACAGCAGAACCAUGCAGAUACUACAAGAACUGAAAGCAAAUGUACUGAAGAGACAAAAAGUUCUGAGAAGACCUCCCGGGCCCCUUUGAGGCGCCACCACAGUGACCACGCCCAACAGAACGGCUGCUAUCGGCAUUGUGUCGACGAGAACCUGGAGAGGAGAAACCACUAUCUGGACCUGGCCGGCAUUGAGAACUACACGUCGACGUUCGGACCAGGGUCCAAUCCUGAACCUGCUAAACCGGAGCACCAGUCUCGAGUGGUGAACCAGACCAGGUCUCGCUCCCAUGAGCCUGAAAAUGCCCCCUCCUCCUCCUCCCACCCCCGGCGCUCCCAGGCGCUGGACCCUGCCUCCUGCACCAAGGGGCUGGAGCUCCAGCAGAGGCUGCACUCCCAGGCGCUGGACCCUGCCUCCUGCACCAAGGGGCUGGAGCUCCAGCAGAGGCUGUGCUCCCUGGCACUGGACCCUCCCUUCUGCACCAAGGGGCUGGAGCUCCAGCAGAGGCUGCGCUCCCAGGUGCUGGACCCUGCCUCCUGCACCAAGGGGCUGGAGCUCCAGCAGAGGCUGCGCUCCCAGGCGCUGGACCCUGCCUCCUGCACCAAGGGGCUGGAGCUCCAGCAGAGGCUGCGCUCCCAGGCGCUGGACCCUGCCUCCUGCACCAAGGGGCUGGAGCUCCAGCAGAGGCUGCGCUCCCUGGCACCGGACCCUGCCUCCUGCACCAAGGGGCUGGAGCUGGACCCUGUCUCCUGCACCAAGGAGCUGGAGCUCCAGCAGAGACUGCGCUCCCAGGACUCUGGCAGGCACCUGCUGACAUCUCCCAAGGUUCAGGGCAAAUACGCUGUGGUGGCCCCCUCUCAGCCGAGCGGAAGGGCUGUAAGGAACAAGGGCUCAACCUGCCAGAACGCCCCACCCCCAGUGCCCUUCCAUACAGCACGUGUCAGCCAGAACCCCCCCCACCUCCCCAUGCCCCAGCCCACCAACAAGAGACACAAACAGAGGGUGAAGGAGGCAGCGCAGCCAUACAAGUCCUUCCAGCCUCCCACGACUCUACUGGAGAAGGAGCAGGUACGGGACCUGCCUGCCCUUGUGUUGUAUGAAGGCCACGUAGGGAAGGUGAUCCAGAGACAUGAACACCACCACCAUCACGAGCACCAUCACCACUACCACCACUUCUACCAGUCCUGAGCACCGGCACAGCCCCGUCUCCGCUUCACACAGGCAAACAACAUGAAGGAAAGAGCUUGACGGGGGUGUUGCUCGUGGUUGGCUCAUCGAUAUCCUUUCUUUGCACACGUACCGCAGUGGAUUACCCAGAUGUAGCAUGGAACUGAAGCACAGAGAAUUUUAAAGGUCCAUACUACACUUUCUCUACCUGUGGAAAACAAUGAAGGGAUUCCAAGGAUUGCUGCAAAUACAGUGCACAGACAAACCAAUCCACACUGGUGAACCCGCCAAUCAAACUGGUGAAACCGCCAAUCCAAACUGGAGAACAGCCACUGCUCUGUGCAUCAAGGUCUACCAGGCUCUGGACUGGAUUGGAUUUUUGGACCUCCCUCUCCCUUUCUCCCCAUCCCUCUCUAAUCCUGUGAGGCGCUGGGAUCCCCCUCCCAAUCCCUCUCUAAUCCUGUGAGGCGCUGGGAUCCCUCCUUCCCAUCCCUCUCUAAUCCUGUGAGGUGGUGGGAUCCCCCUCCCCAUCCGUCUCUAAUCCUGUGAGGCGCUGGGAUCCCUCCUCCUAACCCUCUCUAAUCCUGUGAAGCGCUGGGAUCCCUCCUCCCAAUCCCUCUCUAAUCCUGUGAGGUGGUGGGAUCCCUCCUCCUAACCCUCUCUAAUCCUGUGAGGCGCUGGGAUCCCUCCUACCAAUCCCUCUCUAAUCCUGUGAGGUGGUGGGAUCCCCCUCCCCAUCCCUCUCUAAUCCUGUGAGGUGCUGGGAUCCCUCCUCCUAACCCUCUCUAAUCCUGUGAGAUGGUGGGAUCUCUCCUCACCAAUCCCUCUCUAAUCAUGUGAGGUGGUGGGAUCCCUCCUCAUCAAUCCCUCUCUAAUCCUGUGAGGUGGUGGGAUCCCUCCUCACCAAUCCCUCUCUAAUCCUGUGAGGCGCUGGGAUCCCUCCUCACAAUCCCUCUCUAAUCCUGUGAGGUGGUGGGAUCCCUCCUCCCAAUCCCUCUCUAAUCCUGUGAGGCACUGGGAUCCCUCCUCCCAAUCCCUCUCUAAUUCUGUGAGGUGCUGGGAUCCCUCCUCCCAAUCCCUCUCUAAUCUUGUGAGGUGGUGGGAUCCCCCUCCCCAUCCCUCUCUAAUCCUGUGAGGUGGUGGGAUCCCUCCUCCCAAUCCCUCUCUAAUCCUGUGAGGCGCUGGGAUCCCUCCUCCCAAUCCCUCUCUAAUCCUGUGAGGCGCUGGGAUCCCCCUCCCCAUCCCUCUCUAAUCCUGUGAGGUGGUGGGAUUCCAUUGAAAGCACUUCCUGGUGCAGUUGCUGUUGAAGAUUUGUUUGCCUCAGGAAGCCAGGCAUUUGUGAGAUACCUGAUACGGACUAACAUGAGCAAUUCCAGGACUUUCAUGAGGGGGAAAAAAAGAAGAAAAACUCAGACACAAAAAGCUGCUACCUCGAGUAUUCUAUUCAGAUGUGUAUUAUUUUCAUUAACUGAUUGUAAUGUGCUUUACUAUUCUGCAAUGUGUAUAUGUAGCCUUGUUGUGUUGUACUGCAUACCCUUUCUCUUAUUUUUAGUUAAGUCAUUAUACAUCACUGAAACACUAACUGUACUUGUCAACAAUAUUAUUAUUAUAUUAUUAUUAUUAUUAUUAUUAUUAUUAUUAUUAUUAUUAUUAUUUAU